GCAAUAUCACAAACGUUUCGCACGCGCAACCAGCAACCAGCUACUUGCAACAGUCGCAAUCGCAGUCAGCCAACCGUAAGGCACAGUGUGUUCUAACGAAAGUCUCCGUUGAUUUCCGAAUUAAGAAAGGCCGCAGGAGUCGCAAAAAUUUAUCUUAAUUGCCAGAAGCGAUUAAUAAUUUGCAUUCCAAGCAACUUUUCGCGCAUAAAGAAGUUACUGCAGCGCUACGACAUUUGUCAAUAGUUUUUCUAUAGUUAACGCACCUACAACAACAACAACAGUAUCAUGUCGAUCUCUGACUUCCGUAAGAAGAAAUUGCUCUUCCUGUUCAACGUUUUCUUUGAUGUCAAUCAGAGCGGCGAAAUCGACGUUAAAGACUUUGAGUUGGCCAUUGAGCGCGUCUGCAAACUGCGCGGCUGGGCUGAGAACACACCGAAGAACAAGGAGAUCCAUGCGGUCAUGCUGGAAAUCUGGGAGGGUCUGCGUUCCAAGGCCGACAAGGACAAUGAUGGUCAGGUUUCCGUCGACGAGUGGUGCAACAUGUGGGACGCCUACGCCAAGGACCCCAGCAGCGUCAUGGAUUGGCAAACGAAAUACAUGAACUUCAUGUUCGAUCUGGAGGAUGCCUCGACCGACGGCAGCAUCGACGUGGAGGAGUUCACAUUGGUCUGCUCCAGUUAUGGCUUGGACAAGGCUGAGUGUCAAGAUGCCUUCCAGAAGAUGGCACAGGGCAAAUCCGAGGUCACACGCGAUCAGUUCGCCGCCUUGUGGAAGGAGUAUUUCGCCGCUGAGGAUGUGAAUGCGCCCGGUAACUUCAUCUUCGGCAAAAAUGCAUUUUAACGCACUAAAACUUGCACAGCAGGCUAAAGCGGCACCGUGUGGACCCGCUCAUAGCUAUGCCAUUAAGUUUUCAAGACGGUUUUGUGGUCUGAUUGCCGAUGGAAGUAUAAGUAAAUGCGAGGGAGUAAUGUGAUUUGGUGUGCUGCGGCACAUAUGUUUAAGAUUGGAGAUUUGCAACUAUUAAUGAAAUGUUUUUGAAAAUAAUAAAUAAAAAAAUAUAUAUUUAAUAAAAGUAAUAACAACAAAAAAAAAA